AUGCCCUACGAGAUCACACCGAAUUGUUCACCAAUCACAACGCUAGUGGAGUUCCAUCAAAUAUACGGGAGCAUCCACGUGUACCUAAUGCUCUGUUGGUGUCCCCUGGGGGUGUUCUCCAACCUCCUUAACAUCAUCGUCCUCAACCAACGACGAAUGCGCACCCCCACCAACUUCUUACUCACCUGUCUCGCCGUCUCCGACGCGUGUCUCAUGUUCAUCUACGUGAUCUUCGUUUCCUACUUCGUGAACGGCGGUAGAAUGCGUUCACUCACCUACCCCAUGGCCCUCUAUCUGCUAGUUCACGUGAAUCUCCAGAAUAUCCUCCACAUCUUCUCCUGCGGCAUCAUCAUAACCCUAGCGGUGUUCCGCCUGCUCUAUGCACGCUGUCUCCUCAAAUGCCAUAUCCUGUGCAGCCAACGGCGAGCUGGAAUUGCCGUCGUUAUUGUCAUCCUCACCGCCUGCUUCUUCACCAUCCCCUGCAUGAUCUCGCAUCACGUGGAAUCAGCCAGUUCUGACCUUGGACCAGGCGAUCUCGAGCUGAGAUCAGUUCAACACGAGAAUCUCACCCAGAUGUACACGGUGAAUUACGUGGAUAAUAUUGUGUACCGCCUCCUUGUGUACUGGAAUGCAGCGAUUUUUGUCAAACUUUUGCCCCUGGUUAGCAUGAUCACCCUCUCCUCCAUGCUCCUGGUCAGCAUUCACCAACGAGCCCGACGUACAAAGAGCCAGAAAAACAGGAAGAUCUCUGGCGGGGCUUUUUCAGGCACGGAGUGGAGCGAGGCCCCUCCCAACCCCCUCGAACAGGUGGCGUUGGCAGGGAAACUGAGGAAACGCUCGCACAGCCGGACAUCGCACAUGCUCCUGGCCAUUAUGAUUAUCUACAUUGUCACGUAUUUACCACAGGUGAGGCAAGCAUUUUUGAUUAUUCCAUCAAUUUAUUCAUUAUUUUACAAAAAGCGAACUUUAAUGUUGCCUUUAAUGCAACAAUGUAUAUCUUGUCACAUAAGGCAAAAAUUUGUGGUCGUCGAAGUGAAAUUUAACCACAGAAAAUGUCAAGUGACUUCAUAUGAGUUUUCCUACAACACGCUUAAAGUAGCAUUUAUUUUAAAAUUUAUGCGCUUGCUAUGGUUUAGAUUUUGUUCACGCUUUAAUUUGGUUAAUUAA